ACUGCCGCUGUGCGCUGUUAUUAUUGUAAGAGUAAUUUCUUUUUUUUACGAAAAUGGCGUCCAGUCAGGGAGGUGUGGGAGCUGUCACCGCUCUACAAAGCCAUCACUGCCCGAGCGGACCGCACUGGAGCCCGGGCAUCAGCCAGUACCCGCAGCCCGGGCAGCCGCCGCAGCAGCAGCACCACACGGCCCGCAGCCUGGACCGGGCUCUGGAGGAUGCCGUGUGCUCAGGGAUCCUCAACCUGAGCGGCAGGAAGCUGCGGGAGUACCCGGGGAUGAGCUACGACCUGACCGACACCACACAAGCAGAUCUGUCCAAGAACCGUCUGACAGAAAUCCCCCCCGAGGUGUGUCUGUUCGCCCCCCUGGAGUCUCUCAACCUCUAUCACAACUGCAUCAAGUGCAUCCCCGAAGCCAUCAUCAACCUGCAGAUGCUGACGUAUCUCGACAUCAGCCGAAACCUCCUGUCAGUCUUGCCAAAAUACCUGUUCGGCCUCCCCCUCAAAGUUCUGCUCGUGAGCAACAACAAGCUGGUGUCCGUCCCCGAAGAGAUCGGCAAGGCCAAAGAUCUGAUGGAGCUGGAUGUGAGCUGCAAUGAAAUCCAGGUGCUGCCAGCGCAGGUUGGGAGGCUUCACGCCUUACGGGAACUCAACAUCAGGAAGAACUGUCUUCACAUGCUGCCUGAGGAACUGGCUGACCUGCCUCUCAUCCGACUUGACUUCUCCUGCAAUAAGAUCACAGAGAUCCCUCCAGCCUACAGGAAACUCAGGCAGCUGCAGCACAUCAUCCUAGACAACAAUCCUAUGCAGUCUCCACCCGCACAGAUUUGUCUGAAGGGUAAAGUGCACAUAUUCAAGUAUCUGAACAUUCAGGCCUGUAGAAUGGACAAGAAGCCCGACACACUGGACCUCCCCUCGUUAGGAAAACGCUGCCUUCCUCAGCCUCUAACAGACAGCAUAGAAGAUUUUUAUCCCAGUAAGAACCACGGGCCUGACUCUGGAAUCGGUAGUGACAAUGGCGACAAGAGGCUGUCGACAACAGAGCCGUCAGACGACGACACCGUCAGCCUGCACUCUCAGAUUUCAGAGACAGCCCGUGCUGAUGCCCUCUCACUCCUCUCCAAAAUGGACUCUUGCAAAGAUCAGGAUCUCUAUGACUUUAUAGAGCCCAACCCCGAUGAGGAUCCUGCUCUGUCAGAGUGUGAUGGGCAGCAAAGCAGCCACGUGUCUUGUAUAAAGGAACUUGAGAAAGUUCUUAAUAUGUCUCACCAAAGCAAAGAUAAGGACAGUUGGAAAGAAGAGUCGGGUUCCGAUAAGGAGCAGCUAGUUGAGGAAGAGGACGAUGAGCUGAAAGAGGUGCUGGACCUGAGGAAGAUUGCAGUGCAGCUUUUGCAGCAGGAGCAGCAGAACAGACGGCGCUCCCUCAUUUGCAGAGCAGAGAGUCUCAUUCACCGACGGAGAGUGACCGGCCGCGCUCACAGGUUCCUGAGUCACUCCGGAUGCUCCAGCAGCAAACCCAGGCUCCCGCCGCAGACUGCACGCAGCGCCUCUUUGGAUGAAGGCAGCAGCGGAGCCUCGGUGUUGAGUGGGCAGCCUUCGUCCUCCUGCUCCUUUGACGGCGGACUGAAGACAGACCAGUCUGAUUCGGAGCCGAAGUGGCCUGAAAUCCCCCCCGUCCUCAAUCAGAACGAAGACCGCAAACGGAACAAGUACCUGCGAAAGGACUAUUUGAAGUACAAGUGUCAAAGCGCCCGUAAAAACUCCGGCGGGAAUGACGACUGCGAGGACGGUCUGCGUAACACAGACUUCAGCACCUCUUUGACAGUGUUUGGACUCAAGCCCAGAUCAGCCUUCACCAGAGGAAACCGGCAGGAGUACAGCUCGACAGACCCCAGUUUCACCAUGCGGAGGAAGAUGGAGCACUUACGGGAGGAAAUGGAGCAGAUCGGACUCCUACGGCAGAACAUCGAGUCCAGGCUCAAGGUGUUGCUUCCAGAUGAUGUCGGAGCUGCCCUGAUGGACGGAGUCGUUCUCUGCCAUUUAGCAAACCACAUUUGUCCCCGGUCCGUUGCCAGCAUCCAUGUACCUUCACCUGCAGUGCCAAAGCUAAGCAUGGCCAAAUGCCGUCGGAAUGUGGAGAACUUCUUGGAUGCCUGCAAGAAGCUGGGGGUCCCACAGGACAAGCUCUGUCUGCCUCACCACAUCCUGGAGGAGCGCGGUCUGGUCAAGGUGGGCGUGACGGUUCAGGCUCUGCUGGAUCUGCCCGCCAUGAAACCCACCCAGCUGUCAGCGGUUUGACACAAGCCUUAUCAGCUUGCGUCCGGCCCGCAGUCGUCCCAACAUGGCUUUCUUCCAUGCCCGAACCUGCACCUCCUGGCCAGGGACCAAAGAGCCCCUCUCGGGGCGAGGACCCGGCGGCCUGCGCGUCUCCGAGGAGCUUCAGCCUGACCGAGUCAGGAGGCGACAAGCCCGCGUCUCCUUAUAUGAAGUCAGCCGCUGCCCGUCUCCUGCCCAUCACAUUUUUUGCCUGUGUCCUGUUCCUUGGUCUUUGCUGAGGAGGGGUUGGGGUUCACCCACCCUGUGUGUGUGUGUGUGUGUGGACUUGCAGUGUGUUUCCAGAGCUGCACGGUUAAGACUCCCCGAAGAGACAGACACUACAGAACGCCCGUGAGAAGACCUGUACGUUCCUGUACGACAUUUACACGCUGGAGUCGGACACACUGAGCGGUGAAGAGACGACGGACACGUAACUCACUCUUUCACUGAAGAGGACGAAGCUGCUUCGCAGCCACAAACUCCUGGGAGAUUUUGUGGGGUUGUUACGCUUGAGAUUUCUUUCUCACUGUUUUCAUCAGGACCCUUAUUUAUCUUCGUUUGAGCCUCCAUAUCCGAAUCAUGCGUGGUGUGUAUUUAUUUGACGCAUUCAGCCUUUUGAGCGAUCGCAUAUACCCUGUUAUUUAAGGUCAAUGAGAGCCGGAGUUGGAUUUGGUGUUUCCUUUAGAGGAUCUAACGCCGCCUGUGUUCCAGGUUCCUUAAACUGUUGUACAAAUCAUGUGCUGAAGUUCUCUCUGAGUAAAAUCCAGGAGAAAGUAACAUUUGAUCACUGUGAGAACAUGUACCAGGCAAAAGCAUAACAUCCAGUUUUUGUAGCAUUUUCUUAGUGAACAUGCAUUUUUGAAAAAAAAAACCAAUAUUCUGGCUUUGAACUUUUCUAAAAGUUUUAUACUUACGUCCAGUGAUUGACAUUUUUCACUUACCCUCUAAGGUUUGUUGUCCACACAUUUUAUUGCUUUAUUGCAGAUAAAAUGUGUUUGUCCUGUUUGGUUUUCUGGGCUUCUGGGUCAGCAGACGACUGCUCAGACGCUGCCACCUCUGCAAAUUUUCCUCUAUAUGCUGUGACCUCCUCCUGCUGAGGCUGUGAGUGGUUUUCCGACUACAUUUCAUCCAUUUCAGGGAAAUUAAAUUAUUGAUUUGUUUCUUUUCUUGUUUUACUCCUCCAUAUGUUGUUGUUGCGUUGUGAGUCUUAACCCUGUCAACCUGUCCAGGUGAAUUUUCUUUGUGCUGGUUCAUUUAUGUAAACGAUUCUCCCGCCAAAAAUAUAACAGGAAGUUGGUUAAGUUCGAGACAUGUUUUGCAAAAAAGCAGAGAAAGUUACAUGAGGCGGAAAAGCGGACAUGCCACCCACAGUCACUGUUUCUUUCCCAUCUGUUCCAGGAAUCGCUUGACUUUCUCCCGAGGUUUUAACGUUUUCUUGGCCAAAACUAAGAGAUUGCAUCAACGACCUCAGCUGUAACUACUAUUAACCUUAAAUUGAACCAAAAACGCAGUCCUAUUCUGAACCUCAAACCUGUAAUUAUAUCGAUUCCCUCGUCACAACCUGAGUUUCUGACAUGAUCAUUGCUGAUUUAAGUUGAUGCCCCCACCCGGUAUAGAAGAACAAGCACACACACUUCAAACUGUACAAAUAGCCAGUUUCAUUAUAGUCAUUGUGAUUACUUAACAAGCUGCGUCAAAGCAUUUCUUUUGUCAGUUCAACCUGAGGAGGAUUUUAGCAGUCUUUUCACAGUCCAUGCUGUCAUUUACCGAUGUUGUCUCAGCGUGCCGCGCACCGAGAUCCGGCGCAAACGCAGAUCCAUUGUGAGUGAUGAUAAAUGUCGCUCCGUCGGAUUAAUAGAUGGAUCCUCCCUGAUAAUUGAAUACACAACUGUCAAAAGAGCUUUAUGGGGAAAGUUGUGGAAAGCUGACCGAAAGCUCAUGUCGAGGCACGAGUCUCACGUGUUGUUCGGGUAAGUUUUAUGGGCGGCAAACGUUCCAGUCAGGCCUUUAGUACAUGAACAAUCGCAAUUGACUGUGAAAAUUGAGAAAAAUUACAUGAAGCUUUAUUGUUUGGCAUUUAGACCAAUCUAUGACUUAACAGUCAUCUGUGCUAAUGCUGCCAAUAAAUGUCAACUUCAGUACUGCCAUAAAUUAAACCUAAAAUAACAGACAUUUUUUUUCUUUGCGACACAUGAACAGAUCAGAAACAGCGUCAGAUAAUACACAUUUAAUUCACUGAUGUGAAGAGAACUGCUGACUUGUGAAAUAGAGUCAGUCUCAUAAUCCUUUGACUUGAUGUGAAAAUGUGGUGAUGUGUAAAUGAUGCUGCAAACAUUUACUGAGGAUGCUGGUCUCUAAUAACAUUUCAGAUUUUUGAAAGCGAACAAAUAUAGGAAGCAGCAGUUGAGCACCUAAAGACGUAACAUGUUGUGCCUUGAAGGAUGUUUUUCCCCCUCUAAUUAUUUGUGUUUGUUUUUCGUCCUGUGAAUCAUAGCUGCAGCCGUACACACUCAUGAACAGGAUGCUACUCGUAAGACGUCUCACUGCUGAUGAGCUACUGUUCUUCAAUCUCAGACCAUGAUAAAGUAGAGUUCAUGAAAGUACAACAGUCAAAACAAACAAAAACAAAAAAAAUAACCCUGAGGCUUGAUUUGCCGCUGUGGGCCGCCGCCUCUGAUGUGGUGCUGUUUGCUUGUUAGCUGAAAGUGCAGGCGCCGCCCGACUGUUACCUGGUACAUUGAUAAUGCUAUUUAAAGGCUUGGCUUCCUGUGAAAAGGAGUGUUUCCUGACUUUGUGCCAUUAGAUUCCAAAGAAGAGAUCCCACAGCGAUGCAGACUGAUACAGAGCUUCCUCUUGAACCAGACCCGGGAUGUCAGAUAUGCACAGAUCACAACAGAGUCUCAGGUUCUCUGAUGCAGAAAUCCCCGGUGAACUUGACUGUGCUGUAGGUCACUGAACAACAUCUCCUGCCUGAUAUCUGUGGUUUUAUCUGUUAUUUAUUAAUGUGUUUAUUUAUUCAAAUGCUUCUUCUAUUUGCUGGUAACGUUCAACCGUAUCUCCAUCACACAGAACAGUGAAUGUAUUCUGCUAUUUCAUGGCCGUGUGGACUGUCUUUAUUCCACAACACUGUUCUACUAUCGUGUGUGUGUGUGUGUGUGUGUGUGUGUGUGUGUGUGUGUGUGUGUGUGUGUGUGUGUGUGUGUGUGUGUGUGUGUGUGUGUGUGUGUAACACUCUGCUCUUUGUCUGGAAAUGAAACACUGGGGAGGCUUCAUUUCUUAUGAUAACCCUGGAAUUGCUCCUUUGGUGUUUUCAGAGUGUGGGAGGCUGAGAUGAGGAUGAGGGCCACACUGUGAGCCUGUUCUCAACUAUCAUAAUAAAAUCUGUCCAGAAGUUGUAUUUGUUGGGGGGGGAGGCGUCCCUCUGACCCCCAGAGUUUCCGUGGUGCUCUGGCACCACACUUCCAAAAGCAUUUUUCUGUGUUGAAGCUUUAAAAACAAGUUUCAAAUGUGUUUUUAACAGCAAAAAUAGAAAAAAAAAACACACCCUACAACUUCAUGAAUGAAUCUGAAGACUUUAAGGAUUUAGAAUUAAGCCUGAAGAGAAAGCAUUGUAGCUUCGGUAUCCUGACGUAUGGUAAGUGAGUGCUGUUUGACUUGUUGAAAUCCUCUCUUCAGAAGUAAACAGCUUAUGUCAAGCAAGCAAAAUGUCAAUGAAUAUAAGUAGCUGGUGUUAUUUUCACAAACAGUGAACUAUUGGCUUGACUAUUAUAUCCCAUCCACAAGUCGGCGCCAUGAUAAAUAAUCUGUGUUCUUCUCUUGAGCUCUCCGUGGUCAUAAUGUUCUGGCUGAUCUAAGUCGACCUUCCAUGUUCCGUCAGAUUCUUUGUACUCCCUUGCUUUGCGACCCAUCUGCAGUCCUGAAGGAUUCAUGAGUUCAAACUUGAUCUGAUUUUUGAUGUUUCACUCAACAACUUUGAAUAAUUUACAAAACUGUUAAUUGUUUUUGAUGAAUGAGGUUUGUUCAGAUGAACAAAGUCAAAAUGUUUUCAAAACCAUGUUUGUGAAAUUUCCUGCUAGAGUUUUUGGUAAGUCCGUGUUUUUAACAGUUCUCCGAAUGUCCUGUUUAGACUACGUGUUCACGAGGCCCACAUGGAGACUUUACCAGACUUGAAUCAAUGUUAUUUCUCACUGGUCGGAUCCUCUGUUGUCUGUUCAUGCUGUAAGUGUGUCAAAAACCAUGUUGAUGCCUUACUCUCUCUUUUUUUUUUUUUUAUCUAAAAUGUCAUUAUAAUUGAACUUUUAUUUAUGGGAAAAUAACCUUGUGCCAAAUCAUUACGUUAACAGUCUAUUCUGUGUUUGAGUAAAAUACAGUCAGGUUUACAUGUCUAUUUAUUGAUAAAUUGAUUUAAUGUUAAUUUUCUUUAAGUGAAGACUUUUAGGUUUGAUUUUAGUGCAUGUAAAUCCAAAUCAGGUGAAGCUUUUAGGAAUCACACUCAUCUCUCUUCUGAAUUGUUUGAUCCAACUAAAGCUGGAUUAAGGACACACUCACAUCCCCCCCUAAGGUCCAUUUAGAGUCACCGAUCAGCCUCAGACAUGUUUUUAUGGACUGAGGACAGUGUGUAUAUAAAGGUUCAUAAACCCAGAUUCAAACCAGGAAUCCUUGAGUGUGAAGCGAGAGUGAUAAUCACUACUGCGUAAAAUUAUUAAUUUAAUCUUGAAUUUCGUAUUGAGGGUUGACAGAUGAUGGAGAUUGUGUCAAUGUUGAAACUCUGACAAGCGCAGGCCGGUCCUGGUCCUGGCCUGCGUGUUUUUACUCCUUCCCUCCUUCCCCGUGCUGGCUCACAUCCAUCCAUCACUUAAAGACCGGUUUUAUUUAUUUGACCCUAAAACAAAGUUCCUGCUGUAGUCGCUCUGAUGUUGAUUGCUGUAAUCUUUUAGGACAUUGCUUCAACGGUUUUUGACCCCAAACCAAAUAUAGAACUAUGCAUCUUUGGAAUAUAAACAUUUUUGUCAUUUCCAGACACAGUAAGUAUAAAAUGUGACCAACCGAUUGUGAAAUAACGAAGCUCCAGCAAAUCUUGCUCAAGUAUUUCUACACUCAGCCGCAGGAGUUUAUUCUGCUUUGGAUGCUAAUGAGUAAAAGAUGUUUUCAGGCAGGCUUGGGUUACAGUAAACCAUUUCUUUUUACAGCUGGUAGCAAUAACAUUGUGACGUGUUUAUUGGUUUCCUGUUUGUGCCGUCAGCUGAGGGGGUCCUACCUACAAGUUCGACGUGUUUAACGUGACUAAUAAAUAGCUCUCCUGAGGGCCGCAUGUUGCGGUCUGGCAGCAGAUCUGUAUGUCUUUAAUGAGGAGGGUAAUGUAAAGGAUCCGUCUGUGGAGUGACGUUUCAGUUUGUUUCUUUCAAACCGCGGUGCUGAUCAACCCCACUGCACUACGCAUCAGUGCCUGCUACCAUUGGUUUAUGUGCUCCACUUCAGUUUGCUUAUUGUAGUUUUACAUCUCUUGAGUUCAUGAAAAAAAAAAAAAAACAGUGAAACAGUGAGUCAUGUUUGAAAACUACACUGCCGAGAAAAUUCC